AUGGCUUCUCGGUAUGACAGGGCAAUCACUGUCUUCUCUCCGGAUGGACACCUUUUCCAAGUGGAGUAUGCUCAGGAAGCUGUGAAGAAAGGCUCCACCGCGGUUGGAAUUCGAGGAACUAAUAUAGUUGUGCUUGGGGUAGAAAAAAAAUCAGUGGCCAAACUUCAAGAUGAAAGAACUGUGAGAAAAAUAUGUGCCCUCGAUGACCAUGUCUGCAUGGCUUUUGCAGUGUUGACAAUUUUCACAGGUCUGACGGCUGAUGCUCGGGUGGUUAUAAACAGAGCACGGGUGGAGUGCCAGAGCCAUAAGCUUACUGUGGAGGACCCAGUCACCGUGGAGUACAUAACACGCUUCAUAGCGACUUUGAAGCAGAAAUAUACACAGAGCAAUGGAAGAAGACCUUUUGGUAUUUCAGCCUUAAUUGUAGGAUUUGAUGAUGAUGGAAUCCCAAGAUUGUAUCAGACAGAUCCCUCCGGAACUUACCAUGCUUGGAAGGCAAAUGCAAUAGGCCGGAGUGCUAAAACUGUUCGGGAAUUUCUAGAAAAGAAUUACACAGAAGAGGCUAUUUCUAAUGACAGUGAAGCUAUCAAACUAGCAAUAAAAGCUUUGCUAGAAGUUGUCCAGUCUGGUGGAAAGAACAUUGAACUGGCUAUAAUCAGAAGAGAUCAACCUUUGAAGAUGUUUAGUGCCAAAGAAAUUGAAUUGCAGGUAACUGAAAUAGAAAAAGAAAAGGAGGAAGCAGAGAAGAAAAAAUCAAAGAAGUCAACCUAG